AAACGUAGAAUACACCCGGCUUAUUAGUUUGUUUGAUAAAUUGAUGACUUUAAACGAAUUGUUGCGUAGCAUAGGAACCCAAUGUUUCAUUUCUUGUUAAAAGAUGGUUAACGACAACAGAUAGUUCUUCAUGCACGGGCUUUUUGACAUAGGAAAAUAAUCAGUACCAGUAAUAAUACCCAAAAAUACUCCAAUAUAUAAUAAAACAAGUGUGGUAUACAAAAUAAAGGCUCGGAAGACGGAUAAGGGCUUGUAAAUAAAACUCGGAGAGUAAAAAUAAUUCAUGGGAAGAAAUGGACAAAAGAGUUUUAUGGAUAUUUGGUUAUAUUCUUUGCUGCAGCACUUUAGCAGAUACACGUGAAAUACGCAACAAUGAAAGGAAAUUUAUUGAUGACUAUAACCAUGGUAACAACAAACCGGAAAUCAUAAAGGACGAAGCAUGGAUGACAAUCAAUUCUUCGGUGAUGUUUGACAUACAUAUAUACGUGCAUAAUCAUGAAUGUUGGAAGUGCGAUAUGAUAUACCUGACGACCAUUCCUGGACCAUCAACAAAAACAAUUGUUUUGAACACUACUUAUGGAACCGACUUGGAACUUCGCCGGAGACUUGCAGGUCAAACUUUGCAACCAAAAUUAUGCAGCUUUUCAGCCAAGUUUAAAGAGAAUGGCGACUAUUGGUUGUUCUACAACCAAUCAGAUUACGAAUCAGCAUCAUGUGACUACAUGCUCGUAAAUGAUCCAAUGAUCGCAGAGAUGCCAAUCCUCUACGUUGGAAUAGGUACACUUGUACUAUGGAUUAUUGUGAAGGCCAUUUCUUAUUGUUAUCGAGUGAGAGUUCGUGACGAGGCAAAAUACGAGUUAGACCACUCCCACGAUGCUAAAAAGGAACAACCCGUUUCUAAUGACAUUGCAAUGACCGUAACGCCAGAUUCUACAGAAAAUGAAGUACCGCUCGACACCCACAAGAAACGACAACGACUACAUUCACUCGACACAUUUAGAGGUUUGAGUUUGGUCAUCAUGAUUUUUGUCAAUUAUGGCGGUGGAGGAUACUGGUUUUUUGAGCAUCCACCAUGGAAUGGCCUUACCCUAGCGGACCUCGUGUUCCCAUGGUUCGUGUUUAUCAUGGGAACAUCAAUGAAUUUUUCGUUUAAAGGCAUGUUAAAACGAGGCAGGUCACGUGGUAUGAUAUUCUGGAAGGUUCUCAAGAGGAGUUGUCUUCUCUUUGCAUUUGGCAUCAUUCUGAAUACGAAUUGGGGACCUGUUGACUUGGAGCAUCUACGUAUACCAGGGGUGUUACAGAGGCUCAGUUUAAGUUAUUUUUUCGUCGCGUUUCUACGGACAUUGUUUGCCAAACAGAAAGACGUCGGGAAGAACAGGAAUUGGUUCUGGAUCAGAGAUGUUGUUGUCAUUCUACCGGACUGGAUCGCGUGCCUUGGUUUCCUAGCAAUGUAUUUGGCAUUGACCUUUAAACUAAAUGUACCUGGAUGUCCGACCGGAUAUAUUGGUCCGGGAGGUUUGCACGAGGGUAAACUUUACGAGAACUGUACAGGCGGUGCUGCCGGGUAUAUAGACAGGAUGGUUUUAGGAGUAAAUCAUAUAUACGGCAAUCCUACACCAAAGGAAAUUUACCAGACGAAAGUAGCAUACGAUCCCGAGGGAAUUCUGGGAACUCUGACGUCAAUAUUCCUCUGCUUUCUGGGCGUGCAAGCGGGGCGUAUCUUCGUCUGCUAUCAGGAUGCCAUUGGUCGAACUGUUCGUCUGGUUAUCUGGUCAUUAAUAACGGGAGUAAUAGGGGCGGCGGUGUGUAAUUUUUCCAAGAACGAUGGAGUUAUACCGUUAAACAAAAACCUUUGGUCUGUAUCGUUCAUCAUGGUAACGGCUAGCUUUGCAUACUUUCUGCUAGCUAUGCUAUAUAUAAUUGUCGAUGUUCUCAAACUAUGGAACGGCGCACCAUUCAUAUUUGCCGGAAUGAACCCACUGGUGCUCUAUCUUUGUCACGAUAUAUUUUAUCGAUUCUUUCCGGUUAACUGGCAGAUAGAACAGGUUCACUGGAAACUCCUCAUCAAAGCAGUCUGGGAUGUUAUAAUCUGGCUGGUUCUUGGCUUUGUUCUCUAUUGCAAAAAGAUCUUCAUAGCACUGUAAAUUAGAUGCUAACAUCUUUGCAUUGCAAGCACAAAUGUCGUCUGCUGAAAAUUUAUUUGCUUAUAUAUUUUCUUCUUCUCGAAAUAAAAAGGUGACUGUCAAACAGCUUGGUCUCUGGCAAGACUCUGAAGAACUUGUCGUCUGCUUUUGGUGUCAAGCUUUAUGGAAGUCUUUUAAGAUCACUCCCAGCAGAUUAAGACUUAAUGACAACGUAGACCUUUUCUAUAACGCCAUACUGUAUUGAAUUGCCAGGUUAUCUUUCAACCACAUGCAGUCGGACCAGAAUCAUGUUGGCUACUUUAUAUUAAUAUUUUCAUACAUAUAUAUUGAAGUUAGUGAAUAAGCAAUGAAAAAACAUAUGAUUUUUAAUUAUCUGUUUCUAUUGUAACAUCGUAUAUAAACAGUGUAUCUUGUCAGGA